AUGGACCGCCCCAAAACCCCCGGCCCAAGCCGCGCCAAAACCCCCGGCAUCGACCGUGAGCGUCCCAACACGCCCCACUCCAUUGCUUCCUCGCGCUUCAUCACCGCGGGUCCGGAAGGCACCUCGAUCCUGCUCACGCCGCCGGACCGCGCGCGCACCCGCACCGCCGAGAAAUACUCGUUCACGCGAGUGUUCUCGGAGGCGUCGCCGCAGCUGGAGGUGUUCCGGAGCACUGUUCUGCCGCUGGUGCACGAUGCGAUCCGGGGGAAGGACGGGAUGAUGGCGACGCUGGGGGUGACGGGGAGCGGGAAGACGCACACCAUUCUCGGGAACAGCGAGCAGCGGGGGAUGAUCCAGCUGUCACUCGACGUGGUGUUCUCUGCGCUGCGCGGGAAAAUGGUCGACUACGAGCGACUGGAUAUGCCCUCGUUCGAUAACUCCGAUGCGGUCGUGAUCGAUGCUCCAACGUUCUUUGCCCGCGUCGCGGCCGCGAUGGAGGUCAUGCAUGCCGCCGGCACGUCGAAGCGCGUUAGUAUCGCGGCGACCACGCCGGUGGAACCAAUGCUGGAGGGAGAGGAGGAGGUGUUGGUGGAUGGCGACCCAAAGAGCGGCUAUGCCGUGCUCAUCUCGAUGUAUGAACUCUACAACGAGCGGAUUUUCGAUCUGCUGGACGAAUCGCCGUUGGUCAACCCCGCUGCGCGGCGGAAGGCCCUGCUGUUCAAGAAGCCGAGCACACAGUCCCCCUGGGAGACAUCGCGCGAGCAGAAGAAGGUCGUUGCGGGCCUGCGGAAGGUGUGCGUUAGCAACUACGACGAGGCGCUGCAGGUGGUCGAGCACGCGCAGACGUGCAGGAAGGUCUCCGCGACGAACUUGAACAUGUCCUCGUCCCGAUCCCAUGCGUUCCUGCAGAUCGAGAUCAAGCGCUUCAGUUCCCGCGGGGUGGAGAAGGACAGUAGUUCACUGCACAUCGUUGACCUAGCGGGCUCGGAGCGUGCACGGAACGCACAGACCGCGGGCAGCCAACUCGUCGAAGCGGGGAGCAUCAACAAGUCGUUGAUGAUGCUCGGUCAAUGCCUCGCGUCGCAGCAGCCGGGGAGCGCAAGCCAACCGCCCUACCGAAGCAGCAAACUCACCGAAGUCCUCUUCUCCAACACCUUCACUGGCAUAUCCAAGCAAAAAGCCGUGAUCCUCGUCACCGCGGACCCCAUGGGCGACUACAACCCGACGCUACAAGUCCUGAAAUACUCCGCGCUCGCCAAAGAAGCGAUCGUGUCGCACCCGCCCCCACCACGCAGUAUCCGCACCGUCUCAGGCAGCACCGAGCUCCUCUCGGACACCGAGGGCCCCGGCGGCAGCGGCGUUGGCGGCGGCGUUGGCGGUGGCGGGCCCAACACGCUCAGCAAAGACGCGCUAAUCCGCCGUCUCGUCGCCCAGCUGGAGGAGACUGAGAGCCGCUGGCGCGACGCCGAAGACCGCUGCCUGAUGAUCGAGCAGAGCGUGCGCGAGGAGAUGGCAGACGAGAUGGAGGCGCGGCUGGAGGACGCGCGGCGCGCGGCGAUGGAGGCGCGCGUGCAGGACGCUGAGUGGCGCGAUGAGUUCGUUGAUGAGAAAUUAGACAUUCUCCGCAGGGGAAUGGAGGACGAGCUGAGUGUCUACGAGGACGAGGACGCCACGGGUGACACAGGCAGAAGUAAACUCGACCAGCUGCAGCGAGAGAAUGAGGCGCUGAGACGCGAGCUGGAUGCCCUCAAGAGGGAGCGCGCGAAUAGAAGCCCCACGAAGCCCACUACCUAUAUGCCAAAUGUAGGCAUAAAGAUGGGCAUGCAUAGGUCUGCGGUUUUGGGCGGGAUCGAGAACACUGUAUAG